UAAACUAUUGUUAGAGGCCAUUUAAAAAAGCAACUUAAUUUUUACAUAGUUUAUAGGACCACAAAUAUGAAUUUAACUAAUUUGCAGCCUCUGUUGGCUUCAUUUUGUUGUAUGCCAUCUUAUCAGCUCGAGCAAAAGCUGCUCAAGCCAACGAAAUCAUACUUAGUUGUGUUGCGACGGCCGAAGCUGAGACAUGUGGCUGCUGCGCGGAGCGUUCGUUUGUGGCCUACUGGCCAUGGCUUGGGCCUUUGGAGACGAGGCUAUCUUCGAGGACGAGGACAUCUACAACCAGGCGCUGCCACCGGUUCCACACACGGGUAUUACCGUGCCCGGAACCAAGUGGUGCGGACCGGGCAACACGGCGGUGAACUUCGAGGAUCUGGGCCGAGAACGGGAGACGGACAAGUGCUGUCGUGCCCACGACCACUGCGACGAGAUUAUCGAGUCCCAUGGUGCACUCCACGGACUGCCCACCAACACGGACUGGUUUCCCAUACUCAAGUGCACCUGCGAGCAGCAGUUCAUCAACUGCCUGCAGGCAGUGAACAGCAUCACCUCCAAUACCCUGGGACGUGUCUACUAUGGCAGCAGGAGCAGGUGUUUCGCCAACGGAUAUCCCACCACCGGGUGCAAGCAGUACCAGGAGGGCACCUUCCGCAAGCGCUGCAUCCGCUACCAGGUGGACAAGUCGAGGGCCAAGGUUUGGCAGUUCUACGACAUGCCGUUUUUCACAAUCCCAGCGUCAGCGGGCUGACAUGGGAUGAACGAUUUGUAGACGAGAAAGAAGAUAAUAUUACCUGAAACACACAUCGCAUUAAAUAAGCAAUCCUAUUAUAUAUGUGGUUAGGUGAUUCUAACACACCCAUUUGAAAUGUUAAUUAAAUCCAUUGCAAUUAACUGCGUUUCAAUAUACAAUUUUUAAUAAAAUACCAGGCGUAAUAGCAUUACAAACUGA